AGUGCUCCCGCGGCGGCCAAUCAGCGGCGAGAAGCCGUUUUAACGUCCUCCCUCCUGUACCCCGCCUGGGCGCUGCGCUCGCUCCCCCGCCCCCGGCGCGGCCCUUCCCGGACACCGUACCCCGCACGCUCGGCCGGGCGUCUGGCGGCGACCGGCGUCCGCGACAUGGCCUUCCCGGAGGCUGAGUGGGUAACCAUUGCUAAUAACCUCCUUUUGAAAUGUCACAUACACCUGAGAAUACGUGAACUAGAAGACUGUGAUGCUAAUGUUUUUAUUGCUCUUUAUCAAUCCAUUUUGGGAGAAAAGGUACCAGACCUGAUAGCUGUUCCUAGGAGUCAAGAAGAUGAAGCUCACAAUGUACAAGCAGUAAUUGAUUCAUUGGCCUUGGAUUACCUGCAGGUCAGCUUGUCUCACAUAUCAGGAGAAAAUAUAAUAAGAGGAGAUAAAGAAGCUAUUAAGAAUCUACUAGAAAUAUUUGAUGGGUUGCUCGAAUAUCUUACAGAACACAUCAGUGAAACAUCUGACGAGAAAAGUGAAAGUGACCAAGGUUUUAAAGAAUCCCAUAGCGGGGAACCUUUGGAAGGGCCAGAAAGUACCAACGAUUCCAAAUCAUCAUGGAAAAGAGCUUCUUUUGGGAGGUACUCCUUGUCAUCUGAGGCAUUGGGUCCCACUUGGGAUGGAGAUGAAACAGAAUCCACUGGUGAACUAAUUAGACUUGGAGAUACUGCACACACCUUUUCACUCAGAAGUAAUGGUACCCAAGAUCCUAAUGACAUGCAGUUUAAAAAAACCUCACCCAUACCAUCCUCCACAUCACAUGAAGAGAUGCUGAAACCUCCCUCAUCUAGUUUUUUGUCCAAGAGUAGGACAUCCUUUAUUGAAAACAUGGAAAUUCCUCCUGUGGAUAUGAUUCCAAGUGCUAGAAAGCUAGGGGAGCCUAUACAAUCUGCUAUUCCUUUACAUCCACCCUACCACCCUUCAGCGCCUCGAGCAUCCUGCCCCAUGGGUAAAGAAUACCUGCAUUCAAGUCACUGCUCCCCUACCAUGAAUUCUACUGGAGAGGGCACCACAUUUUCUGUGGAACCAGAUGAUAGUGUUUUCUUCACUUCCAAGUCGCCUAAAGAUAGCCAACAGGAAAUAUAUCCAGCGCAGGUCCAGUGUCCUAGGACAAGGAAACUUCCCAAAGGAAAAAGAUAUGAAAACAAAACUGCAGUCUCAUCAUGGGAUUCACCUUCCUCCCAGAGGCCCAGAAAGAGGUUAACAGAACAAGAAUUACAUGCAGUAUCAGAGAAACUCUCUCAGCGGCUCUCUGAACUAGAUUGGAUGUUAAAAUGUGCCCUGGGAAAUCGAACUAAAGAAACGACUGACUAUGAAGAAGAUACUGGAAAUGAAGAGACACUAUCUCAGCACAGUGACAGCAUCAUGGAAUGUGGACCAAAGAAGCGAAGGCCAGGACUUGCCACGCAUAGAAAGUCACCCUACAGAUCUCAUUCACUCUCUCCAUCACCAGUUAACAGAAACAAGCAGCUCCUCAUGGAGAGAAAGAGACAGCAAAAGUCAAAAGAAACAGAUGAACGCCGAUGCCAAGCAAAGGCACUAACUGAAGCAUUUGAAAGAGAACUAAGAAGAAAUAAAGUUCAAGAGAAUACUGGACUGCUAGGAAUAAAUGAGGAGGAGGAAACAGACAAAAUAAACAGAGCUGUUCGUAAAGGAACUUCAAAAUGUAGUCAGCCCUGGAAGAUUUACUCUAGAAGAACCACAACUCAAAGUCCAAGAGAUGGUUUGCCAAAUAAAGCAGUUCCAAUGAAAGUGAAUGAGCAGAGUCUCCUGCCUCUGAUGCUGGAGCAGUUUCCAUUUCUCUAUGUUUCUGGACAAACACUAAGCAAAAUGUGGAAACAGCAAAUUGCACAGAUUGAACAGCUUAAAAAGGAUGCAUGUAGAGAAAAUCGAUCGAAGAAGAAACUCCAGGAUGAAAUAGAAGAAGCCUUAAGAAGGCAGGAUCUCCUUACUGCACUUGUCAAGAAAGAAUAUGAACAUAACAAGAGACUGCAAGACUUCAAGGACCGAAUUCAUAGGCAGAAGUUGACUCAAUCAAAGAUAAAAGAAAAUCGGCAGCAGAUCAUUCGUGCCCGAAAAUAUUAUGAUGAAUAUAGAGUUCAGUUGCGUGCCAAAAUGUUGAGAAUGAGAACCCGGGAAGAAAUGAUAUUUAAGAAACUGUUUGAAGAAGGCUUACAAAUUCAGAAGCAGAGAUUACGAGACCUAAGAAACUAUGCCAAAGAAAAGAGAAAUGAACAAAAGCAACAACACCAGAACGAACUGGACUCAAUGGAGAACUACUAUAAAGACCAGUUUUCAUUACUGGCAGAAGCUAUAUCACAAGAACGUCAAGAACUCAAAGCCAGAGAGAAAGCCCAGACCCAGACAUUACAUAAGGUGAAGAGGGAGCUGCGAUCUAAGAUGGAGAAGGAAAUCCAGCAGUUGCAGUAUAUGAUAACACAGAACGACGACGAUGCUUUCUUCCGGGAGCUGGAAGCUGAGCGCUUCAGAUCUCGGCUUCAAAUGGCUUCCUUUCAGUACAGUAAAAACCCCUUCCCGUGAGGCCAGACUUCACUGGUAAAAUUUCUGGACUUCACCAAAUCAGAACUAGAACUGAGCCAGUAAACAAUCUAAACUAGAAGAGUUAUUUUUAAAUGUCUUACCUAUAUACAGUCCCAACAAUUUUUAUGAAAUUAUGUAAUUUUUAAAAUAAAAUCAUUUUCUUAAAAGUUACUGCUUCUUGACAGUUGUAACGUAAGACACUUAAAACAAUGGGUAUCUCUCAACAUUCUGAGGGCUGCUCAGGACAGUCGGUGCAGGAGGGGAGAAGGGACAAGGGGAUAACAAGGGAUGGUAGUGAGGAAUAAAAUA